AUGAGAUACUCUGCUUUAUUGACUUCUGCAAUCGCUUUAUCUGCUGUCAACGCUACUUUCCUUCCAUUUUUGUGUGGUGGUUCUGGUCUCGGUUCCCUCUUGGGUGGCUCUUCUGGUGGUUCUUCUGGUGGCUCUACAUCAACUCCAACCCAAGCACCUCAAACUCCUUGUGAAGAAAGUGCUGCUCCAGCUCCACCACCUUGUGAAACUUCUACUGCAGCUGCACCUCCACCAUGUGAAACCACACCAGCUUCAGAACCUCCUUGUGAGGAAGGUGGAAGUGGAUCGUCAACACCAGCUGCUGAAUCUCCUUGUGAAGAAGGUGCAAGUGGUUCUGCCACUUCAGCUACAAAUGGAGAAGAUUCUUCUUCUUCUGCUCCCCCAACUGACAUGAUGUCACAAAUGAUUGGUGGUCUUUCCAAUAUGUUGGAAACUGGCUUCAGUGGAAGUGGUUCUUUAUUGCAUAACUUGAUUGGUUAA